AUGGCUGAUCCUAAUUACAUUUAUGAACCAAAAAGAAAAAACAUAAAAAAUGAAGUUCACAAAACUGUCAGUCAAAUCCCUCAAUUUUCUAUCGAAUAUGUAAAAUCUCUUUUUCCAAUCUUUAGUUGGAUCGGUCGUUAUAAUACCACUUGGUUUAUCAGUGAUUUAAUAGCCGGUAUAACCGUAGGAUUGGUGGUCAUUCCUCAAAGUAUGGCUUAUGCAAAGGUCGCGACAUUACCCGUACAAUAUGGUUUAUAUACUUCUUUUGUUGGGGUCAUUGUAUAUUGUCUUUUCGCAACUUCGAAAGAUAUGACUAUUGGCCCUACCGCGGUCGUGUCCUUGCUCACAGGGCAAACCUUGUCGACAAUUCUUAAAGAUAAUAAAGAUUUUACAAAUACGAGAAUUGCUGCAACCUUUAGUCUAUUGACUGGACUUAUAAUUCUUUUAAUUGGUUUACUACGUAUCGGUUAUAUUGUUAAAUAUGUUUCUAAUCCCGUUGCUGGCUUAUUGGGUAUAACCAACGUAAAUACUAGGGAUCCAACAUACCUAGUUCUUGGAAACACUCUUAGAAAUUUGGGCCAUACAACUAUUGAUGCUUCUGUUGGAUUGACUUGUUUAUUGUUGUUAUAUACUAUUAAAUUUGGAAUGUCAUACCUCUCUGGCCGUUUUCCUAAUUCACAAAAGAUAUUCUUCUUCACCAGCACUUUACGCAACUUUUUGGUGGUGGUUCUCUACACUUUAAUUGCCUACCUGCUCAAUAUUGGAAAAUCUACAAAUCCCCUCAAUAUCUUAAAAACUGUACCUUCCGGACUCAAUGAUGUCGGUGUAAAGGAACUCAAUAGUGAAAUUUUAGGCAUUUGCGCCCCGUACCUCCCUGGAAUUUGUGUAGUUUUAAUUCUGGAACACAUUGCUAUUGCUCAAAGUUUUGGAAGGAUUAAUGAUUACAAAGGCAGUUUUUUUAGCGCAUACCCAGCUACCGGUUCUUUUUCUCGUAGUGCUGUCAAAGCAAAAUCUGGUGUACGAACUCCUUUAGCUGGUAUAUUUUCUGGUAUCUUGGUAAUCUUGGCACUUUAUGCUUUAACACCUGUAUUUUAUUAUAUUCCUAAUUCGGCACUGAGUGUCGAAAUCGGAAUUUAUGCUUCUGUUGGUUUUUCACUUGCAAUAACUCUCAUACAGUUAUCACGUCCACAAUUCGAAACUAUUGGUCGCAUUGCGAUUGCUUCGUUCAAUGGUGUCACCUCCAAAAAAUAUGCUUAUGUUCCGUUAAAAGCUCCUUUCGAUGAAGCUCAAAGCCCACCAAGUGGUAUCUUAAUCUUCAGACUUGAUCGAAUGUUUACCUAUCCAAAUGCUGACUAUGUUGAAGGCCAAAUAAUCAAUUAUGUAAAAGAAAAUACUCGGCGAGUGACUGAGUUACCUAAAAAUGCAAACGAACUACCAUGGAAUGAAGCUAGGGAUAUUUUUGAUAAGGAAAUUACCAAAAACUCCGAGUUACCACCAUUAAAAGCUAUAAUAUUCGAUUUUUCGGCUGUUCACAUCGUAGACUCGACGGCUGUACAAACUUUAAUAGAUGCUAAGAAAACUAUAAAAAGACAUGCUGGUAGUGAUGUUGAAUAUCACUUCGCGAAUAUUCUUAACGAAUCAAUACAAAGAUCAUUGAUAAUUGCUGGCUUUGGUUCAGCAGAUCAGAAAGCUUCUUUGAUCGACAUUGGAACUAAUACCACAGAAAAUAACGAUUUAGAAAGUAAAAAAUCACAAGAAACUAAAAUAUCCUCGGAACUUAAAAAAUCUGAAGAAAUUUCAGAAAUUGUGAUUGAUAAUAAUGAUACAUCUACUAUUUCAAAAGGAAAGAAAUUCUUCCACAUAAGUUUGGAAGAAGCUGUAAUAGCCGCUACUAAUGGAAAUUGGUGA